AGGAGAAAGAAUGCGACGAGAGAAUCAACCAGUACAUUAAAGGCCUGGCUUUACGAGCACAUAAAAAACCCCUACCCUACCAAAGGGGAGAAGAUCAUGCUGGCCAUCAUCACCAAGAUGACCCUCACACAGGUGUCGACGUGGUUCGCCAACGCCAGGAGACGCCUAAAAAAAGAAAACAAAAUGCAGUGGUCGCCGAGGAAUCGAACCGGCGACGAC